AUGACUAUUGACAUCGAAAAGAUUGCAGCAACCUGCGAGGGAAACCCUCGCGUGCGAGUGGCUUCGAUUUCUGUGCCAUCCCGCAGAACAUCUACAGAUAAUACGCGUUCAGUGCAGGUGCAAAGCUGCAAGUUCAGUGUCAACGAAACCGAUAUUAUGGGCCUCGAUGGCAAUUCCGGAACAUGCGAAAGUCUGGGGUGCAUGUACGAAAGAAUAUGGAGCGUCAAAGCUCUGCUUCGAUGGGCGCGGCACUUCGUCCCAGUUGCCGCUCUCCUUGGCGUUCCCGUUGCCCUUUUAGCCACCAUCUACGCAGAGAGUCGAGCAGCGGGGGUUCGGCUUCUGGGACUCUUCGUCUGGCUCGAAGUCGUCUGGGGAAGUCUGUGGAUUUCCAAACUCAUCGCAAUGCUCAUGCCAACUGCGUACGUCUUUCUCUGCGGCAUUGUCAACUCCGGCACCCGGAAAUAUCACACCGUCCUCCGAGGUAUCGAGACUUCCAUCUCGCUAAUGUUCUGGACCAUCAUUGCUUAUGCCACCGUCGUACCUGUAUGCAUGGCAUUUGACUCCAAUAUACCUACUCCCGACUGGGUAUCGAUCUUACAGAAGGUCGCGUUGGCUUCCAUUGCUGUCGCCGCCAUGGUCCUCGUCCAACGCUUCGUCAUUCAGCUCAUCAACAUCACAUACUCCGCAAAACAAUUCACCACACGUAUUUCAGAGUCCAAGCGCCAAAUCGCCAUGCUAGACACCCUCUACGCAUCUUCGACGCGCAUGUAUCCGCCAUUUUGCGAUCGUUUCGCCCAAGAGGACUACACCAUCAUCACCGGCGAAGUCGAGCAGAAGGACAGCUCACCAAGCAAGCUUCUGGCCAAUGUGCGACUGGCAGGGCGGGAGGUUGCACAGGCCUUCGGCCAGAUGACAGCAGAUAUUUCCGGCAACAAUUCGCUGUUCAACACCCAAGCCGCUCACACCAUUGUCACAGAAGCGCUUGAAGCCGCCGCUUCAUCUGCCGCUCUUGCUCGACGUAUCUGGAAGUCAUUCGCCCCUUUGACGGGGGAUGCUCUGACACAAAAAGAUCUCGAAAAGGCAUUUACUGCUGAUCGUAUCCGUGACGUUGAAGAGCUAUUUGCUCUGCUCGACGUAGACCAGAACGGCGAUGUCAGCUUGGAGGAGAUGAUCUCGACAGUCAUACGCAUCGGCCAAGAGCGCAUCUCAAUCUGGAAGAGUACCCACGACAUCAAGUCUGCCGUGCUAGUCCUGGACCGUUUCCUCCAGGUUUUCAUCCUCAUAGGUACUGGUCUCAUAUACGCCGCCUUUUUCAGCAACUCUUUCUCGACUUAUAUUGCCAGCAUCGGCACUCAGCUUGCCGCCGUCUCUUUCGCCAUUUCAGGGACUGUACAGGAGUUUCUCGGCUCGUGCAUUUUCAUCUUCGUGAAGCACCCCUUUGACGUGGGCGAUCGCGUGAUAAUCGACGGCCACGAGUUGACCGUGGAGAAAAUUUCGCUGCUGUAUUCCGUUUUUCAAAAGGUAGGCUCCAACAAAACGACACAGGUUCCCAACAUCAAUCUCAACAGCAUGUGGGUGGACAAUGUGUCCCGAAGCAGGGGUCUACGAGAGCGCAUUAAAGUGCAAAUUGCAGCCGACACCAGCUUUGAUGACGUUGAGAAUUUGAGAAGACGGAUACGCGAUGAGAUUAGUGCCCCUGAGAAUCGCCGGGACUUUCGUCCGGAUGUAGACGUUGAACUUGUCUCUAUUGGCGAUAUGAGCAAGCUUGAGGUCUAUGUCGAGGCUGAGCACAAGUCGAAUUGGAAUAAUGAGAAGACGCGUCGCAUACGUCGCAAUAAGCUCAUGACAUCUGUGGUGGGAUCCCUUCGUGCUGUUUCGAUUCAUGGACCAGGCGGGGGUAGCGCUACCCUGGGCGAUCCAGCCAGAUCAACUUAUCAAGUCGUUGUGAGUGAAGAGGUAGCCGCGGCGGCAGCUAGAGAUUCCCAACAUGAGAAGAGCGCGCUCAAAAGUGUUUCUCCUGUAUCAGGUUCCAAUGAUGAUGAUCAAGAGUCGUUCACAGGCAUGACACGGCGCAGGUAA